CACAGCCCCUGCCGCAGCCAUAGGCGCCUGAGAAGUUAGUCCAACUUUUCUGCAGUGCGGCCAACUCAUCUUUUUAGGGGGUGGGCUCCCCCGGCCUUGAGGCCCUGGGCGUCCGACGUCGCGACGGGCGCGGGCUGGGGUCGCUUGCAGGGUCCGCGCACUGUCUGCUCCGGCGGCGCCCACUCCUCCGGGAAGCCGCGCGCGCCGCCCUCUGCCCUUCGCCCGGCGGAAUCUGGGUCAGCGGCGGGUUCUCCGACCGCGGGCGAGUUUGGGGACUCGUCGCAGUGACCGGAGGUGGGGAGGGGACGGGAGGGGUAAUCCGCUUCUUCCCCCGCCGUGUAACGAUAUGUGGCACGUCGUGUGGCCGCAACUCUGAAUUUGAUCCCUGGAGACGGUUUCACAAAACUCAACAUAAGGGACGUAGUAGUUUCGUGCUUUAAAGAUGGGUUCGCCGAAACUAAAUGAUGCGCUCUCACUGCUGUCGCCUUAAAGAGACGGGGUUGGGAGGGGCCACGUGAGGCGGGGUCGCGGUCAACUUUUCGGGGGUCGGGUAGGAGGCGUUUCCGCCUCCUUUUCGCGGUUGCCUUCUCGGCCUCACCUACCCAGGGCGAAGGCGCGAGGACAACGCGGGUUGGGAGGCGACCCCUUUUUUCCUUGGGGAGUCCCCGCCCCGUGUGGGGUUUCCCGUCAGUCGGAGCGGCAGGUCGCGAGAGCAGGGCUGGUGGCCAGCGGGGAGCCUCGCAGAGGAAAGCAUCAGUCUUGCUGAAAUAAGCCUAGAAUUGGAACGUGACAGAGUUAGUCCUUGAUAAUUGCCUAUGUGUCAAUGGGGAAAUUGAAGGCCUGAAUGAUACUUUCAAAGAACUAGAAUUUCUGAGUAUGGCUAAUGUGGAACUAAGUUCGCUGGCCCGGCUUCCCAGCUUAAAUAAACUUCGAAAAUUGGAGCUUAGUGAUAAUAUAAUUUCUGGAGGCUUGGAAGUCCUAGCAGAGAAAUGUCCAAAUCUUACCUACCUCAAUCUGAGUGGAAACAAAAUAAAAGAUCUCAGUACAGUAGAAGCUCUGCAAAAUCUUAAAAAUUUGAAAAGUCUUGACCUGUUUAACUGUGAGAUCACAAACCUGGAAGAUUAUAGAGAAAGUAUUUUUGAACUGCUGCAGCAAAUCACAUACUUAGAUGGAUUUGAUCAGGAGGAUAAUGAAGCGCCGGACUCUGAAGAGGAGGAUGAUGAGGAUGGAGAUGAAGAUGAUGAAGAGGAAGAGGAAAAUGAAGCUGGUCCACCGGAAGGAUAUGAGGAAGAGGAGGAGGAAGAGGAAGAGGAGGAUGAGGAUGAGGAUGAAGAUGAAGAUGAAGCAGGUUCAGAGUUGGGAGAGGGAGAAGAGGAAGUGGGCCUCUCAUACUUAAUGAAAGAAGAAAUUCAGGAUGAAGAAGAUGAUGAUGACUAUGUUGAAGAAGGGGAAGAAGAGGAAGAAGAGGAAGAAGGAGGUCUUCGAGGGGAGAAGAGGAAACGAGAUGCUGAAGACGAUGGAGAGGAAGAAGAUGACUAGAUCAUUCUAAGACCAGAUUCUCUAAUGUUUCUGGGUGUGCAAUAGAGUGAUCACAUCUUUGUUUCUUCAUGUACGAUAGCUAUCCCUACAGAAGAUAAUGUGUAACUUUUUAUAGGAAAAGUGUGGUUUUACUAUUUUUGCCUUAUCAUUCCAAAUAAGAACUAGUCUGUUAAUGAUCAUAUUGUAUGUAGAGAAAAAUUUUCAUUGACUCCCAUUGUGGAAUUCCCUAGCAAUUUAUUUAGACUUAAUUUUUUAAAUUCAAGCUUACUGUAUUAGUCAUUUUUAGCCCAUAAUUAAAACAUGAUCACUUUUACACAGGUGUAGUAUGGCGCAUUUCAUUCCUUAUUUAUAAAUUAACUGAAAUUACAGUUUGCUAUAAUAUAAAAUGACAAUAGUCUCUUGAGUGGUAAGUUGGUUAUUUUUUUAGAGGUGAUCCAGGAAUCUUUAGUUUGAAGGCAGUUACCUUUUUUUUUUUUUUUUUUUUUUGACUAUGAGUGUUUGGUUGCUUUUUUGUCACAAGUAACUUGGAAAAUAGAAGCAGAAUAGUAAAGGUUCUAUUCAGCAACAUAGUUCAUGGAUUUUGUGGAGGUUCUAUUCAGUAAUAUGGUUCAUGGAUUUAGUGGUGACUGAUAAGAUUUUAUUUUUGAAGGAAAAAUUGCUUAUACUAAGUCCAGAGACAUGCAGGUAAGCCCUUUUGUCAGGCUGCAAAUCAUGACAUGCUGAUGGUUGUUUAUUUUGUUUUUAGGUGUGCAUUCUUUUUCUUCUUAGCAAUUCCUUUAUGAUCACCUUCCCUUCUUGUUUCACUCCCUCCUGCUCUCUCAAAAGGAAGUUGGGAAACUUGUGAAACCCAGGAAAACCUUUAGUCUUAUACCUCAACUACCUUUCAGUCCUGUCUGGGUUUUAAAUAAGUGAAGUAGAAGAAAUUGAGUAUUUUCUGACAUAAGAAUAUAUUAUCAAUACAGUUUUAUGCAGUAAGCUCUGCUUACCAUAAAUGUUUCUUGGUUGACAACAUCUAAGACAAUAUUAGUGGGAUGAAGAAAGAAAAGCAGGGGUGCUUUUGGAAGCAGUGUUAGUGUUCCUCAAAAGUCAGAACAAUUGCCUGUUGAUAUAUUAAUAAGACAUUAAAGUCAAAUUUUAAUGUUGGCCUCUCAAAUGAUUUGGAUACCACUCUGCAAAGUAUUUCUAACCUUUAAUUCACAGUUUUAAAGCAGAUAUAAUAAUAGCAUUUAAUUGGAAUAUACUAGGCAGCUGGAAAAGUAUUUGAAACUAAAUCGACAUUAAAAUUAAGAUUUGUUUUCAAGUGGAUGUCCAUUAAAAGUAGAAAAAUAUUUGGGAUAAGUGAGUGUGUGUUUCCUUACAUGGCUACUAAAUAAAAUAUAAUGAGUAUACAAGUAUAUCUCCUCUUUUGCUAUGGAGGCUCCAUGUUCAAGGCAAUGGCUUUUUAAAUCUUGGCUAUCUAAAAUUUUUUCCCUUUGUUUUGAAUAUUUGUAAGUUUUUAAAAAGUUAGUGUCAGCAAAUUAAUUGAAGUUAUGCUUCUAUACUGGGACAUAUUUAAAUACUGGGUAUAGUACUGCUGCUACUGCUUCUACAAUGUAAAAUGUAUGACUUGGUGUUUUAAAGUAAAAAUUAUGAUGUUACUUGUGGAGAAACUAAAAAUGUUGUACAACUGACCGAAAGAAAACCCUUGGGAUAAGUUUAGUGAGGGGAUUGGAAUCCCCAAAAAGAUAACAUUUUUCUUCUGCUUUUAAAAACUGAAAUUCCCUGUUCUAGUUCCUAACAAUUCUCAUUACAUACUAUGCCAGAUUACAAAAUACUUAUUUUUAAAAUGAAAUCUAUAUAUUGACUUUCUUAUCAAUCAUCUUACUGUGCAAUCAAAAUUAGAGUACUUUGGUUUGAAAACAACACUUAGAGCCUCCAGAUAACUUUUAAGACUUAUUUAGCUUUGUGGGUGGUAUUUUCAUGCAAAUAAGUAAGGGUGGGUUUUAUAUUUUGUAGAAGUUUUCGGUCCUAUUUUAAUGCUCUUUGUAUGGCAGUAUGUAUAUAGUGUGUUAAGUUCCUCAAGAAUCUCCUCAAAAACUUUGAAGUUAAUACUUUUGUGCAACUGUGUUUUGAAUAAAGCCAUGACAGUGUUAAAAACAAACAAAAAAAUUUGCAGUACUCCUGAUUAUUCUUUUAUUGUUUUUGACUGUUCCCUGUUUUUUUCUGUGACUGCUGUAACUUAAAGUUUUUGAAACUGAAUUGCUUCAAAUAAAUUGAAGAUUUGUUAUAAUGA